AUGCUCCUGCCGUCCAUUCAGGGCGCAGACAUUUUACAGGACUUGAUGCGUGGUGUGAGGCUGGUGAAGGCUGCGAAGACGUCUGUUCCUGGUGUACAGACAUAUACUCUGCUGCAGACGGAGGUCCCGGAGCGUAAGCUGGAAGGUGGAGGAGGCAUCGAGACAGUGGGAAGUGAGUUCGUCCCCGGAGGGGACAGGCCAAUUAACAGGCACGUGGAGAGCGAACCGUGUGAGGAAAACGAGGUGGAUGAGCUAGCCGCCAAGACGCUGGGGACCCGGCAUCCUCCCGAGGUCUUUCCAGUACCCGCUGACGGGAAGAAGGAAGGAUUCCGGCAGAAGCUGAGGCUGGCUGCACUGGUGGAAGGGGACUGUUCAGCACUGCGGUUUGUGUCACUGAAGUUCCUGCUCCAUCUGCACCCCGACAAGGACGUCCGGGCAGGUGAUGGCCUGGGGUUCCUAACGGGGAGAAUGCGAGAGUACCGGGAGUGCGUGGAUGGGCCCCGUCCGUGGUCCCACCUGGACUGGCCCACCGUCACGUUCCCGGGGCCUCAGCCCCGUGGAGCCGAGAGCAGAGGGAGCUGGGGAGAACCGGCCCUCUUCUCUGAAACCCGAGCUGGUGUCCGGAGCCCUGCAGACAGGGUGGCGGUGUGGCAGUGA